AUGCAGUGCAUGAAAACCCAAUGCAGAGAUGAUGGCGUGAGAUGUGCAUUUGAAUUGGUGACCAAAUAUCAAUGUGAUUUACUUUUUGGAAUUGGAGGUGAUGGCAGUCUGGGAAGUGUACUAAACGGAUUGAUUUUAGGUUGUCUACAUUUGAAUCCAAAUGUUCUCAACUCAGAGGAAUCAUCAAGGCAACUCCCAGUCCAUUUAGGAGUAAUACCCAGUGGUACAGGAAAUGAUUUUGUUAGAACUCUAUUGGAAACAUCUGGAGAUUACUAUUUGGACAUAGUUGAUGGUUUUGAAAAUGGAUAUUUUGAGGAUAGUGUCAGUAAAAUUGUGGACAUGAUCAUUUCUGAUAGCAAGACGAUACCUAUUGAUGUUGGAAGAAUGGAUUAUACUCCAUCAUCAAUUGAUGAGGAAUUUUCUAAUGGGAAUGAUACGACUGGAGUGAAACUGAAAGAUUGUAAUGAGAUGAUGAAAAGCCGAUUCUUCCUUAAUGCAUCAACGAUUGGUAUUGGUCCAGAGAUUUUAAAGAGUGUCAAUGAUCCAAAUUCUUUCCUUCCUAAGAGUUUACAAUAUUAUAUUCAACCAAUAUUGAAAGAGUUCACAUAUAAAAAUCCACUACUUGAAUUGGAUAUUACAAGCGAAAAGAAGAUUUGCAAAAAGAUGCAACUAGUCAUUGUUUCCAAUGGGAGGUAUGUCAAUAACGGAUUCAAAAUGAAUCCAUUUGCAAGUUUAACCAAUAACCAACUUGAUUUGUGCAUUGUUGAGGAUGUUGGUGUAUUUGAUUUACAUCUUUUCUAUUACCUCAAAUAUGGAACUCAUUUGAAUUAUCCUAAAGUCAUUAUGGAAAGCACAAAAAGUCUCACUGUUGAUACUAAAGAAUGUGUAUUCGUUGAAUGUGAUGGUGAUGUUAUUGGGAUGUUACCAGUGAUGUACAAAGUAAUGCCAUCAGUGGUGAAUGUUCUGGUUCCAAAAAGUUUCACCCCAACAGCUGCAAAUAAUAAAUUAAAUAUUAAUUAA